UUUGAGUGUUGAGGAUCUGGUUUGUUUUAAGAGAUGCAGUUGUACGGUAGAAAAGUUGCCAGCAUGUGGUUCGGUUCUACAUUCAUGCUGGGUGGGUCAAGAUGGAACUGUCAGGUCUGAUCUGAAAUUCUGAAGAGCUAGAUGGUCAAUCUCGGAGUUACGAUCGCUUUGGGCCGAUCCCUGUCGGUUCCGUCAAAUUUGCACUCCGCAAGAUCCACGCAGCAAAUUCGAUAAUGCUGCCGUUGAUUUUACGUCAUCGCCCGCAGCUACUCUACCACGGGCGGCUUUAUCGGAUAGUUGAGAUCCGUUAUUUUCUCGAGCAACAGCGAAGCAACCGGGGAGGCCUUGUCGAGUAAAGACUUGGUUCUAGCGGUUUACACAAUGCAAGCCUCUAGAUCGGCGACUCGCCACUUGUUGCGGCACGCGACGCGUCCACCCUCGGGCUUCGUCUGCCGCAGCUGUCUGUCGCGUCGGUCCUCGAGCACGUCCGCUUCUCCCCGAUCACCACCACCACCACCUCCGACUGCGGGGUUCACUGCCCUCAAGUCUCGUCGUCUAAUAUCGGUCUCCGGCCCCGAUGCUGCCAAAUACCUACAAGGCGUCGUGACCGCCAACAUCAUAAACAAUAACAAGACCGGCUUCUACACGGCUUUCCUUAACGCCCAGGGGCGUGUGCUGCAUGAUGUCUUUAUAUACCCGGAUGCCAGCAAGGAUGGCGAAGGGUUCCUCAUCGAGGUUGAUGCCACUGAGGCAGAGCGCCUGACCCGCCAUAUCAAGCGCUACAAGCUCAGAGCAAAGCUGAACCUGCGGCUCCUGGACGACGGGGAAGCCACCGUGUGGCAAGCUUGGGACGAUUCAAAGGCCGACUUUGCGCCUGCGGUGGGCAUGACGACUCCCGUGCGAGACCCUCGCUCGCCAAUGCUGGGCUACCGUGUCCUCACCCCCGGGGACCAUGCGCAGACGCCCCAGCUGGACUUGGACCCGACCCCAGAGACGAGCUACCGCAUCCGGAGGUACCUCCAAGGAGUGGCCGAAGGACAGACCGAGAUCUUGCGCGAGCAUGCCCUCCCCGCAGAGAGUAACAUGGACGUCACGGGCGCCAUCGACUUCCGCAAGGGCUGCUACGUCGGGCAGGAACUCACGAUCCGCACCCGGCACCGCGGCGUCGUGCGCAAGCGCAUCCUCCCGUGUGUGCUCUAUGACCAUUUCGCGGCUCCCGAGCGCUUAGAGUACAAGCACGAUGGCGUCGUGACUGCCGAGGGCGUGCCGCCCGAGACGAGUAUCGGGCGCGCCACAAAGAGAGGCCGUAGUACGGGCAAGUGGCUGUCCGGGGUCGGCAACAUCGGACUGGCACUUUGUAGGUUGGAGAUUAUGACGGAUUUGACCCUGCCUGGGGAGCCUGCCGCGGCACUUGAGUCAGGCAACGAUGAGUUUGUCUUGACGCCCAAGUCUGACGAGGACGUUGGCAGUGAGGGGGCCCCCUUCAAAGUGAAAGCGUUUGUUCCAGACUGGUUGAGACAGGGCUUGGCUGCUCAGACUGCUGGUCACUGAUUCUGUAUAAUAAGUCUUCACGACGGGUGUAUAUGUAGAUUGUAAGAUGAAGAGCAGCAGCAGCCAAAUACUAUGUAUGUAAAGAAAAAAAGAACACAGCAUAAAGGUAUCCGGCUCUUACUUGCCAUGGGUAUCAUAUUUAUAUUUUGGGUAUCAUGCGCGUAUCUAUCCUUCUAAAGCCUGCCGG